AUGGCAGAACGGCUUGAAUUUGACAUAUUUACAGGUAAAUUUAGAGUAAGAAGAGAUUCCCAUAACCAGGAAAACUCUAUGUUCGUGACUAAUAUGGCCAGGGAUGGUUUUGGUGCUCAUUUUGUCACACCACAUGAGAAAGACAAGCUUGAAAUACACCCUACGUCUUAUUAUGAAGAAAAAGUUUUGGUCGAAACCAUUCACAUUUCCUGCCAAUCUGACACAUAUAAGCCUGGUUGCAACUAUGGCGGAGUGAUUAUUUACCAAUACGACAGCAAGUCAGAAUGGAGAACCGCCAACAACACUCACUGUAAGUCUGGCUAUAUCGUCAUUCAAGACACAGAUUCAGAAAAUGUUAAGAAGUGGAUGAGUAAAGAGCCUGGUGUAGUUCACGGAGCUGUCUAUAGAAAUGCCUUCGGUGAAUCUGUAAAGAAGGCGAAUGUCGUUGGCGAAGGUUUUGCAAUACGGAAAGGAAAGUUCGCAAUGUGUUCAGGCGUUUUCAAUAACCCACAAGGCAGUGCAUUCCAUGACGAUCGCAGAGAGAUGCAUGAAUUAUCAGAGCAUUGCGUCAGAAAGGUUGUGGAGCAUUGGAAGACUGCAGGUACUUUGUCUGCUUCCUGGUUCGGACGACAGAGAAAUUUUGAAGUAAGAAAACUACUCAAGGAUUUUAAGGACUAA